AAAGGUGUUUGACAAACGAAUGUUUUGGCGCGCAAUAUAGUCCCUUCUAUGGUAGAUUUUCCCCAUGUUUUACUGCAUCAUUUGACUCCCCAUUUUCAUCCCCAACAUGAAUACUGUCCAGGCAUUCAUCCAGCGUCAAAUGGGCAUAGCCCUCACCCGCAACUACGAUGUGGCCCUCAGUCGAUUAUGUGUCCACGUAAGUGAUAAUUGGCGAGGAUUAUCGGCGUAUAUCACCGAUGGGGAAUAUGCACUAAUUUCCCCAAUUUAUUCAGCAAAAUUUGCAAAUACUGCAAAUGCUGAGCAUUUACUGGCGCUCGCCAAUGAAGAUGGGAAGAUUGCAAUCCACGAUACAGACAAAGUGCCAUUCAGCGAAGAAGCUGGUCAUCAAUUGUCCGGCUACCAAUGCCACAAUAAUGCUGUGUGUGACAUUGCCUGGAUGCCAGGUGAAAUGAAGCUAAUAUCAGCAUCCAGUGACAGCAAAACCUGCCUCUGGGACGUCAGUCAGAGUGAAUUUGUUCACAUUCGCACCUUUUCCGGUCACUCCCGGAGCGUAAAGACUGUUGCCUUCCGACAGGAAGAUUCAUCCGUUUUCGCAACUGGUGGCAGAGAUGGGGCCAUCCUCAUCUGGGACACACGAGCCUCACCCAGUGUCGAUCACAUUCCCCGGGCUGACAAUUGCAUCUUCAGCGGACACGCUGAGUACUGCGAGAAUCGACAGAAGAAGUCACAUUUUGUGGCAAAUGCAUGCAAGAGUAGCAUCACAGGAUUGGGCUUCCAGGAUGAGAAUACUCUCAUCUCAUGCGGUGCUGGAGAUGGGAUCGUCAAGGUUUGGGAUUUGCGAAGGAACUACACUGCCUUUAAGAGAGAACCACUGCCAAAAUAUAGUCUUCCCUACAGAGGCACCUCUACGUUUAAGGGAUUCACGAAUCUCGCAAUCGAUCCCAAACGUUUCCGACUGUAUGUUAGUUGCAUGGACAAUACAAUCUACUGCUACAACAUUUCUUCGUACGACCGAGAGCCACUGCAGAGGUACAUUGGAUUCAAGAACAGCAGCUACUACAUUCGUGCCUGCCUCAGCCCAGACGGUCAGUAUCUCCUGAGUGGGAGCAGCGAUGAGAAAGCCUACGUGUGGAAUGUGGACAGUCCACGUCCUGUGGCUACCCUUUCGGGAGAUGAGAGCUACUCCUCAUCGCAGGAAGUGGAAGUGAGUUGUGUUGCAUGGAGUCGAUCGAAAGACAUGAGAUUGGUCACCUGCAGCGAUGAUGCGAGACACAAAAUCUGGCGAUUCGGACCCUCAGAGAUGGACAGUUCGACCAAGAUGUACUACAGAGGAUGGGCUCAUCUCAAUCCAGACUACGGGAAGAGGGUGAAGAAGAAUGUCAAGGGAACACCGAAGACGUGGUGGAGCAAUGGAGACUGCACGCCCAGUUCGAGCGGAAGGAUCGCUCAGAAGAGAACUUUUGCCGAAUUGGACGAUGAUUUCGGUGAGGGGCGAUUUGGCGAUGCCAAAAGACCCUACAUUGAACCCCGAGGUCGACGACUCUUCCCAGCUACGUUGCCAACUCAUGCGGAAACUGAACUGAAAUCUCCCGUUAAGAGCCCUACAAAAUCCUCUCCAUUGUCUGAAAGAGUCAAUGUUAUGACAUCUCCGGAAAGUCCAUCAACAUCCCAUGUGGCUGUUCCUCUAUUCUCACCAACUUCCAACCUGCCAAACUACGUCAUGGACGGCGAAGCGCCCCAUUUACGCAUCAUCUCGCCCAAGAGGAAGCUGAAAGAGAACGUGGACUGGCUGACGAAGAUCCGAAAGCAGAAACUCCAGCAAGUAGCAUCUUCCCUGACACUCAGCUGCGACACCGGAGGAAACUCCUCACGACCUUCCUCCCCAGCACCCAUGUCACCCCGAGUCCAAUCCCUGAGAGACGGAGAGUCAACAUCACCCCAAACUGGAACCCCCCGAAGACGUACUUCACGCUCAAGUUCAACAUCAGACCGUCCUAAGACACCAAAUAGCACAAGGCAUGCCUCUGAAUCAAUUCUGAGAUUCCUCACUCCCACCACUUCCUCAUCAUCUGCCAGCCACAAAUAAUCUCACGCAUGGAAUCCCAGGAAUACCGAAGCAAAAAGUAAAACUCACAAAAUUUGCCUCAUUUGUAUUUUGUUAAUACAAUUUUUAGGGUAUUUUAUUUAGAGAAAAAUACGGUAUAAUAAUAAAAAAAAAGCUGGAGGAGAGAGUUGAGAAAAUUU